UAUUGUGGUGGGGAGGGUGGAGCAAAAUCGGGAAAACUGUAUGCACUUGACGGAAAAAAAAAGGGAAGAAGAAAGGGAAAGAGAAAAGUAUGGUGGUGAUGAGGGAUUGAAAAGAAUCUAACAGAUCAAUCAGCAGCAGCGGCUGCAUAGUCGGCAAGAAGAAGGAGGAGCAAGAGGAAGAGACGAGGAGGAAGAAGAAGAAGGCCAGGAAGCUACAUGCCGUUUUCUUCUUCCAUGCAAGUGCCGUCGUCCUAGCUAGAUGUUAAUUUUCCUCCACUCAAACCUUCCGCCCGUUCGAAAAUUCAGGUGAAGAUGAGCCUUGGCUUGCUCCUUAAUCCUCUAGAGAAAGAAACUGCGAAAGGGAGCGAAGGAGGAGACACGCAGAGAGAAAGGAAAAUCGAGAGCUAGCCGAGAAUUAAUGGCUGCUGGUCCUCCUCCAAAGAUGUUAUUCGGGAUCAUGGAUGAAGAAGAAGAGAGCUGCAUAGGUUCUUCACAAGACCAGGCCAAGCAACCCCCCGCAUCCACAAACCCCACAACAAGCACUUCUCAGAAGAAGAAGAGAAAUCUCCCUGGAACACCAAAUCCAGAUGCAGAAGUCAUUGCACUCUCGCCCAAGACCUUGAUGGCUACAAACAGGUUCAUAUGUGAAGUGUGCAACAAAGGGUUUCAAAGGGAGCAGAACCUGCAACUCCACAGGAGAGGCCACAACCUUCCAUGGAAGCUGAAGCAGAAGUCCACCAAGGAGGUCAAGAAGAGGGUCUAUCUUUGUCCAGAACCCACAUGCGUCCACCAUGACCCAUCAAGGGCCCUGGGUGACCUGACGGGCAUCAAGAAGCACUUUUGUAGGAAGCAUGGCGAGAAGAAAUGGAAGUGUGAGAAGUGUUCAAAAAGAUAUGCAGUUCAGUCUGAUUGGAAGGCUCACUCUAAGACAUGCGGUACAAGAGAGUAUAGAUGUGAUUGCGGAACCCUAUUCUCAAGGCGCGACAGCUUCAUCACCCAUAGGGCAUUCUGCGAUGCAUUGGCUCAAGAGAGUGCCAGGCACCCAAGCGGGCUGAGCGCAAUAGGCGGGCAACUCUACAACAGCAACAACAACAGCAUGGGCGUCGGCGUGGGAGUGGGAGUGGGCAUAUCUCAAAUUGGCUCUCUAACUGACCAAAGCCAUCCAUCCGCUAACAUCCUCAGGCUCGGUGGAGCGGGAGGGCCACAAUUUGACCAUCUAAUCUCUCCCUCAAAUCUUUCCUCCCGGCCACCCCAACCACCACCUUCAGCAUUCUUUUCUGCUGCUGAUGGCUCAAACCAAGACUUCCAUGAUCAGGAUACCCACCAUGGCUUACUGCAGAACAAAUCUUCGGCCUAUCCUGGAUUCAUGAGCCUCGCUAACUUGCCAAGCAACAGUGCCAAUUACUCAGGUGCAAAAUUACCGAACAAUCUGUUCAACCUGAGUUUCUUCUCAAGUAACAGCAAUAAAGGCGAUGGCAGAAGCAACAACACUCAUUUGCAAUCCGCUAAUUCUUUGUUGCUCCAAGACCAAUUCAGUGGCAGCAUCGUGAGUGAUCAGAUGGCCUCCAGCGUUCCUUCACUCUACAACUCUCAGCUACAAAACGACACGAUCCUUCCCCAGAUGUCUGCUACCGCUUUGCUUCAAAAAGCUGCUCAGUUGGGUGCAACCACCAGUACUGGAAACCACGAGAGCCUGAUAAGGGCCUUCAACAGUCCCACCUCGAACAACACAAGCCAUGACGCGUCGUCUAUGGGCAUAAAUCUCCCAUGGCAGGAUCAGAGAGCACCAACACCAUCGUCAGCUCCGCCGCCACCUUCCUCCCUAGCCGCGACGACUCACAGCCCUUCGAGUAGCAGGCCGCAGCUUAUCUCCUCAAUUCCUGCUAGAAAUCUCCAAGGUUUAGACCAUAUGAGGCCUAAUUUUGGUACUGGAGAUGACACAAACAUCCAGGAGAUCAUGAAUUCUCUAGUGAAUGGCAGUGGCCCUAUGUUCAGGGAUGAUGGUAGAGGAGUGGAUGAGUAUGAAGAGUACAAUGGAAGUCAAAGUAGAAUGAAGCUCCAGGGUACAAAGGUUUCCAACAAGAAUGCCGAGGGGAAGAUCAACCAGAACGCAGGCGCUUCAUCUUCAAGUAUGGGGCCAACAGAUGGUCUGACUAGGGACUUUCUUGGUGUUGGAGGGAUGAGCAGAGGGUUUAUGGGAGGUGGGUUCUCUCAUAGAGAUCACCAUAUUCCGCAGCCGCAACAACACAAUAUGAAUUUGGUGACGUUAGACUCAGAAAUGAAGUCACUGGUGAGGUCAUAUAGUGAAAGGAUGCAAUGAAGAAGGUGGUGUUAGCUUGGAUAACAGUAGACAGGUGAAGGAAAGAGGAGUCAGAAUUGCUGUCAAGAAGUUGGCGAACAAGUGCGUUAGGUGUCGAUGCAGAUUUAUAUUCUGAUAGAACCUGGUGCUUAAUAAGCACCAAAUGCACCUGACGAGUCACGCCAUGGAUACUCAACAACCAAGUAUAUCUUUUUUCCGUUGUUUUAGUUUUUUUUUUUUUUUCCUUCUUCUUUCUUUCGAAUGCGAGUAGGUUUAUUUCCUUUCUUCUAGUUGACAAUAGAGGGGAAGAUGAUUCAUAAUUUUCCAUGGGAAUGAAUGUGGCAUGUGUGCCUGAAAGAAGGGAGUGGGGGGAGAGAGAGAGAGAGAGAGAGAGAGAGAGAUGUGCUUGAACACAUGCAUGCAUGUAUUUUGGAUAAAGAUUAGAAGUUGCAGCAAAGUUGAUGUGGAAACAUUGUACUCUUUA